AUGGUGAAUGACGGAGCACGGCGGGCCAAAAAGCGACCGCUGCCGCUCCCAUUAGCCCCCGUCGUUCCUAUUGCUGCCCGCGUCUCCACCAACCACAAAGAUGCAGUGCGAACGAAUGCAUCCAGCAACGAAUACAGAAGCAGCAGCGCCAAAGCACACGAAAGAAAUUUGGCCAAGCUACAGCUACACCUGCCAAGAGAUGUUGUGUUCUUCGAUCCACGUCGACGGGUGUAUCAUUCGCAUGUCGAUCUCAGUGGCUGGCGCGUCACGGAUGCAUCGCUUCAACAACUUCAGCUCAACAACGAUCGGGAUGACAACCCGGUCAAAUCUUCAUUCCAUACCCUCACAGUGGAUGGCAGUGCGCAUAUCUCCGCUCGUGGGCUUCUUUUGAUGCUGGAAGUAGGUACAGCAGGUGGCGGAAUGUUUCGUGCUCUUAGACUGCCGCAUUGCCAGUUGCUAUCUCGUGGAGGUGGAGAAAUACUUGAUGGCGGUAGUUUGCCCCGCUCGUUGACGGAAUUGGACGUGUCCUCCUGCGAAUGGGUAGAUGACAAGUUUCUUCGCACUUUAGCUCGUCACUGCUCCGUUCUCGCACAAGUGACUCUCGCUCACUGCCGACGUGUCACGGACUACGGCGUUGCUGCCUUCGGCGAAAGCUACGCGGCAUCUCUAACCUCUUUGGAUGUGAGUUUUUGUACAAAGCUCACCGACACUGCGUUGCUUGCUCUGUUGGUGGGCUCCUCAUCGUCGCCAGCAGUACCAGGAGGAGCUCAAAUGGCCACAUUGUCAGCUUCUGCUCGUAUCCGUGUACUAAACGUUGCCGGUCUGCCAUUAGUUGACGGUCUCACGUUGCUUGGCUUGCGUGGUCCUUGUGCUUCGCGUCUCGAGGUGUUGAAUAUGUCUGGGUGCACAGUAUUGCGAGUAGCAGCCCUGCAGCGCCUAGCACAAGUGCGCGCAUUGAUACGUCUUACGAAACUAGAUCUUUCACGCUGCUCGCUGGUGGAUGACCAGAUCCUUACUGCAUUGGGACUGGCGUGUCCCAAACUCGCGAUGCUGCUACUCGCUUUCUGCUCGAACAUCACCGAUGUCGGCAUUCGACGACUCGUAGGGGAGACGGCGAUAGUUCGUGCUGAUCAAAACGAUGGUGCUGGACACGAACCUACCAUUGAAGACCAAGAAGAUCUUGGCUUAGAAAACACCAGUAGAGCGAUCCCACGAAAUGGGGAGAGUGGCUGUCGACAUCUGGAAACUCUGGACAUUACAGGCUGUUUCCAGGUUACAACUCGAGGAAUUUCAGCUCUUGGCAUUCGAUGUCCACAGCUUCGAUCGGUGACACUGGAUGGUGUGCGAAGACUAGAUUCUUCGGGUAUACGUGCUUUGCUUCACGGAUGCCGUAAGUUGCGUACUAUCCGGUGGAGUGGCAUCCUCGUGAGGAAUAGUCAAGAUGAAGCCGCUGUCCCGGGAGCUUGUGCUGCUUUUUUCUCCGCUCCUCAACUUAGCGACACCACCAUCGCUGCGUUGACUAGCAGCCCGUUGAAAACUCUACACAUUGGCACAACACAAUGCGACGCAGAUACUUUAGCAUCCACCUUGCUGAAUACCAGAAAAUCGUCACCUUUGGCGAAUUCGCUAACUGAUCUAGACGUGACGUAUCUCGCGACAGACGCACUUUGCGAGGCUCUGGGUAAUUGCUGCGUCAACCUGCGCAUCCUUCGACUCAGUCGGUCGCGAUAUUUCUCGGUUGAGAGCCUUCUAGCGGUGCUACGAGGUUGUCCUAGACUUCGGGUACUGGAGCUUGAGAGCUGUGAACAGAUUUGUGACGAAUCAUUGAUAGCAGUGAGCAAGGCUCCGUGCUGUCCGCACCUAGGAACGCUCAUCCUAGCGAAUGACUGGCAGCUUACAGACACUGGAAUAGCGUCGUUACUGCGUCCAGCAACCAGUCUUGUCCGGCUAGAUGUGCGUCACUGUCCGGAAAUCUCAUUACCAGUGUUGAAAUCCUUAGCUGCUGCACGUGGAUAUAUCAGCGAAGCCACACGCGAUGGUUUAACACCGCGACAUCCCAAUGUCGUUGCCUUCUUGCGUCGUGAACGCAAACGCCGAGUAGCAGCACGGACAAUUACUCGCUGGUUGCGCUGUAAACUGGACGCCCGAGUCAGUGCAAAGUCCACACUUGAGCGAGCUCUUGCACAUUUUCGACGGCAGAAAGUCACAGCAGCACGGAUACAGCGCUGGUAUCGAUGCAAGGCAGACCAAAGAAUGCAGCGUCGACUGAUUGCUGAAGCUCGACGCCUUCGAGUCGAGCAGUGUGAAAAGUACUGGAGGUGGAUUCAAGCUCUCUGUGUGUUAAGUCGUCGGCUGCGAAUAUUCAUCCACAUGUUUAUUGCUGCUCGUCAGCGUGCAGUGUUCGAGAAGGCCGAACAACUUCGUAUGCUACGUGAUAAAGCUGCAACCGAGAUCCAGCGCAUAGCUCGAGGUUGGCUGGGACGGCGGAGAGCUGUUGAUGCACGACACGCUCGGGAACUUUGGAACAAACGCCGAGCAGAGGCCGCCACAGAUGUGCAGCGCGUCUUUCGAGGACAUCAGUCUAGGAAAGGCACAGCACAACUACGUCGAGAGUACGAAGCGGUGAUACAAAAGGCGAUACAACUGCAUGGCACAAUUUUCCUGGCUGGUCUGCACAUUCAGCGGCUAAUACGGGGGUUUCUGGGGCGGCAGUAUGCAAAACGUUGUGCAGUGGCUGCGUAUGAGUUGCUUCAGUCGAAAAUCGCUCGAGCAAAGCAGAUUCAACGGGCUUAUCGAGCUCACAUCGCGCGGGUGUCACUGCGCAGAAUUCUAUUUCGCGGAGCUACCGCGCUGCAGAAGGUAUUUCGUGGGUUUCGUGGACGGCGUGACGCUCGAGUGAUUGUACUUGGACGUGGCUACGCAUCUCAUCCUCGAAUUCUCAUCUUGAUGAAGUAUUCCAUCUACACUCGUGACCUCGCGGUGAUUUGGAAACACAAGCGCGAUGCUGGUAUGGUCAUUGCCUUCUCUGUACAAAGAAGAUAUCGAGGAUUUUGUGGACGACGUGAGGCACGCCUACGCCUGGCUCGUCAGCGACAGCGCUGGUAUUUGGAAGACACUGGAGCACGAACGAUCCAGCAUUUCUUCCGCAGUAUCAUCAUUCUAGUGCGCCUUGCACGGUUUGAAGCGCUCUUGUGUCUCCGACGACGCAGUGCGACCAAGAUCCAAGCUACGUGGCGGAUGUGGCUCUCCAAGGCGUUGGCAACAGCGCGGAGGUUGCGAAAUGAUCGUCAUCGUCAACACACGGCAAUUUUGGACGCUAUCGCCUCUCCGCAACAAGAUCGUCGACUAUUUCUCCACCGAGGUGCUGUGCAUUCGAUUGUGUCGCUCUACCGUGCGUCACUGACAACGCGUGGUUGGCUGACACCAACGUACAUUAAGCUAUUGCACCGCUCAGCUACUCAAAUUCAGGCACUUGUGCGUGGUCACUUCGGACGCGUGUAUACGAAAUGGUUUCGAUAUGAACUCACCCGAGCGGCAGCCAUAGUACAGCGUGUAUGGCGAGGUAAGUUAGGCAAAAUGAUGUGGCGGUCUCUCAUGGAGGAGCGACAGCAGCUUCGUCGUGUCCAGGAAGAAGGCGAUCGAGCUGCGUUGAUAGCGCAGAAGCAAACAGCUCAUCACGCUCUAGAAGCUUUCGAGCGUGAGACGCAACAUGUUGUUGUACUGCAGCGCUGGUACCGGACUUUGAAGAACCGACAGGUAUUCCGUGAAGCUCGUGAUCAUCGGGAUCGAGAAGCACACACACGAGCCGAGAACAAGGUGGAUGGGGUGCUUCGUAACGCAACGGGAAGUGUUGUGUUCCAAGCUCGAGUGUGGCGCGACUGCGUGGAUCGUAAAACUGAGCUUGUGGCACUCGAAGAAGGCCAGUGUGUGGCAAUGGAGAAGGAGAUUGAAGAGCUGAAAAAAGCGUGUAUCGAGGCGCAUACCGGUUCGACUCAGGCGUCUCGAGAAUUUGUCGAGUUAUCGAAACGCAAGAACGAGUUCGAACGUUCUCGUACGCGCAGAAAGAAAGCCACUGAGGCAGUCAAACAACGCAUCCAGCCGUUUGCUGUUCGUGCAAAGCAACUCACAAUGGAGAGUGCACGAGAGUUGAAUGCCAAUCGACAGCUUCAAGUGGAGUUGCGACGCAUACGAACGGAGCUGCGGAAGUUCCACGUAAAUUUGCGAGGUCGACUACCAAUGGAGCCUUUGUUGCUGAGUGGGGAUAUCGAGUCACUGCUGGCUGGACUAACCGGUGAGGGUACAUCCGACGAUGAAGACACAACAACGACAUGAUCAUUCCAUCGUGUUAAUAGAGCUCUAUCACCCCUGUAUCAC